ACCGCUGACGUCAGCCCAGAGACAGCCGAAGCUGCCCUUAGAUUGGAGGAAACUAAAGGAAACCAGAAAUGAAAUCUUUGAACUAGAGCAGGCAGUAUUGCUCUGAGCAGCCGGUACUAUCUUGGAGGGAGGGGAAGGGCUGAUUAAAACUUUAAAUUAGUAGGGGAAAAUGUAAUGAAGAGAAAGAAUUAACGUGGUGUAAUAAAAUAUCAGUGGUCACUGAACAAGUAAACCUUAAGAUACUUGGUCUUGAGACUUUUCAACUGAAGAAUGUUGAAAGCUUUAACCCCGGGGAAAUGCCGAACUAUUGAGAUGGCUGCUGCCUGAUUGACACCUGGCCUAAGAAACUCUUGAAAAACACAGACCAAAAGUAAGACAGUCCUGCCACCCCUGCAACCAUGAGCAAUAACGGAACAGAUUUCACCACGGGCUACCUCUCCUCUGCUGUAGCAAUUGUCUUGUUUGGAUCCAACUUUGUACCACUUAAAAAAUAUGACACCGGUGAUGGGAUGUUCCUUCAGUGGGUGCUCUGUGCUGCCAUUUGGCUGGUCGCCUUAGUGGUCAACUUGAUACUACGCUGCCCUAAAUUCUGGCCUUUUGCGAUGCUCGGUGGCUUCAUUUGGGCAACAGGGAACAUUGCUGUUGUCCCAAUUAUCAAAACCAUCGGUUUAGGUCUUGGAAUCCUCAUCUGGGGAUCAUUUAAUACCUUAACUGGCUGGGCAAGCUCAAGGUUUGGCUGGUUUGGAAUGGAUGCAGAAGAAGUGCCACACCCCAUGCUGAAUUACUUUGGAGCUGGGCUGUCAGUAGUAAGUGCUCUCACAUUUUUGUUCAUCAAAAGUGAGCUUCCGAAUAAUCCAUGCAACGUGGACAACACGCCACUGAUAAUAGAACCUGUGAUCAACACAGCCGAAGACCCCUGUGCCGGUUCCCCCUGGGUCGACAGACUUUCCACCACGUCCCACCGCAUUGUGGGCUGCAGCCUUGCCGUGAUAUCCGGAAUACUCUAUGGAUCUACGUUUGUGCCAAUCAUCUACAUCAAGGACCACGGCAAAAGAAACGACAGCGAGUACGCGGGCGCCAGUCAGUACGAUUUAGACUACGUGUUUGCGUACUCCAGUGGCAUCUUUCUUACAAGUACAAUCUACUUUGUGGCCUAUUGUGUAGCCAUGAAAAAUAAGCCAAGGCUAUAUCCAGAGGCAGUCUUACCAGGCUUCCUGUCCGGGGUGCUGUGGGCCAUCGCCACCUGCUGCUGGUUCAUAGCCAACCACUCGCUGAGCGCCGUGAUCAGCUUCCCAGUCAUCACUGCUGGUCCUGGACUUAUCGCUGCACUGUGGGGUAUCUUCAUUUUCAAGGAAAUACAGGGUCUCCGAAACUACUUACUGAUGAUGCUUGCCUUCUGCAUCAUCUUGACCGGGGCCCUGUGCACCGCUUUUUCUAAAACCUAAGUAUUCCCAUCGAGACCAGCAGAUGGCAGCAGUCGCUAGAAGAACGCCUCUCCCGCACCGGGGACUACUGCAGACUGCUAAACUGUCUGUCUAGCAAUGAAUCUCUGCCACUCUGGGAAUGGAUAAAUGACUGUUUACUCCCCAAACAUGAGAAUGAAGAGAGACUGUGAAAAGCCCUUCCCACGGGCUGUUCACGAAGGCAGGACUGUGCUGGGUAGCUGAAGACGUGCUGCCUUCUUGGAUCGUGCUGUCUGAGGGUGCUGGUUUCUUCUGUGUCUACUUAGUGUUAUAAUCCAGAAAAUAGGAUGGAGUUUGUACAAAGGAAAUUACCACCCAAAUUUAUAACUUAUUAAUGAAGAGGAGCAGAAAUAAAUACUCACCUUAAUGGAAUUCAAGUUCAAAGAUACCGGGCUCCUUAGCUAGAGAAAGUAAAUGUCACAGUUGCUAACUGAAUGUUUAAAAGGCCAGCUCGUUGUUUUUAGCCCAAAAUUCAUUUUACUUUAAUAUUGCUCAGCUCUGUACAUUGCCUGCCCUUCUUAGCUCAAAAUAUUUUGAUAAUUAUUCCAAAUAAAAAUCCUUCCCCUGAGAGCAAAUCACCAUCAUCAUGAUAUAUGUGUGUGAUGUAAUGUAUACAUUUACAAGCACAUGUGUGUACAUAUUGUUCCAGAUUUGAAGAACAUUCGAGAGUUGCUAAAAAUAAAGGUUUUAGUUUAUUGGGUCCAAUAAAAGGGAGCAUACUUGUUGGACUGCACAGCUGUAUUUUUGUUUCUAAAAUACAGUUACUUAAAAUCAUUUUAAUUGGAAGCAAUCUGUUUUGAUCCUAUUUUAACUGAUGUCCAGGAGACAAAAGAACAUAGCACAUGUAUUGAUUUGAUUCUUUAAGGAAACAACCAGUCCCGCAAGCUCACUUCUCAUCACCAUGGUGUCUGCACCCUUAAGACAGUAACCAUGCUGGGCUGUGCCUCUUACCCAUUCCUUCCUAAUAUCGCAGUACCUUGCUGUGCUAGAGAAACAGAAUAGCAGCCUGAAACCUCCUCAGCUUAAAGUUCAUCGAUGCUCCGUCUGAGUUAUGUGGCUCUGGACAAAUGCAACAUAAACAAAAGUAACACACCUUACAAUAAUGUUCUACUGCAGGAGGGUCCUGACUCUACCACCAAGCAAUGCCUGCAAAGUUAAUAAAAGGAUUGUGGGGGAAAGAAGCAUUUCCAAAAUAGUUACCAAACAAUUUAUUGUCGGUGGUUGUGUUAUAGGGGCAGAUCUGAGUCCUCAGGCGCCCGCUGGAAUCUGCCAGGUUCUGUGUCUUUUGGAACAGGGACAUGUGGUCAUCAGGAAAGGAAAGCACUUCCUUUGGAGUGGGUUGGUGAGCUGAGGAGAAAGCUCAGACAGCACUGGCCAGAGCCACGGGACCCUUGCUAAUCGUGGGCAUAGCGCCCGUUUCUUGCAGGCUUCACAAAUUGUAUGCAGCCUAGUCAGGAAGGGCCUCCAAUGCCCUCGGCCCUGGCUUCUGUAUGUUCACUCUGGUGUAGGCUUUGUGUUGGCUGGUUGGUUUCUGUCUCUGCUUCCUUCCAGUAAACCUAAAGAAGCGACUGUGGACUCUCCACCUUGUUCGCUUGCCCUUAGAGGUGAGGUUUCUCUUUCCCUUGUCUAGAACAGCAGGACCCUGCUGUUUUGAGCUUUUCUAGUCCUGCUCUCCAUUGCACCUUAGUGAAAAUGACAACUCUGUUUAUACCAAAGAGCUCCUGCCAUCUUGUGUCCAGAGAGGAAGCUGCAUAAAGUGAAAGGAGCUGCCCAAAAAGCUGAUCUUCAGAUCUGGGGACCUGUAGAACAUAAAAUAUGGAAUCUAGGAGUUAGCAAUAUAGAAUUUCCUUUGAGCUACUAAUCAGUCUUUGUUCCUCUUUAAUGUCAUUUAGUAUGAAUUUAUACUUUUAGCACAUCUUUCAGUGCUAAAAGUCAUUGAACUGAAAAAAGUAAGUUGCACAACUGCGUGUACAGCAUUAUACCCUCAAGGAAAAUUGCUACUGAUCAAAGAGACCCAUGUGGAUAUUUACAUAAAACAUUAAAAAAUACUGUGUCAGUCUCAUAGAGAUUGUUUUUAGGGCAGAGAGGGAGAUCACAUGUCAUGCUGGGGGGAGUGAAAAGCUGUUUAUAUUACGCAAUCAUGUGAAUGUACUUAGCGUUUGGUUAUUAUUUAUGACACUUUUAUUUUAUGACACAUUAUGUAUUUUUUUUUUGCCCUUUGUAAAUUUUACCUUGCUAUGUCAAAGACUGAAAAGAACUGGAGCUAGAGGACACAGGACUUCUCUUGGACAUAGAGCACGGAGUUGAGUCUUCGGAUUGGAAAUAAGCGAAUGUGGACAAAGAAAACCAUCCUGGAUAAGUCAGUCAUGUGCAAUGUUACUUUGCACACUCACAGACCCUACAAUGACUGAGGGCAGGUGUGAACAGGUCAGCCCAUUUGCACCCUCACUAUAUGCUCCAGCACAUCUCUUUGUAAACUAAUGCGUGGGCACUUACAGCCCUUUGUCGGAAGCACUAGAAAGACCACCUUUUUAACAACACGCCACACUCAGAAUGCACACUUUCCUGUGUCUGUUUCUGUGUUCCUGCUGGCCUUCCUGCUCCACCUGAACUGACACUCCUCCCAGACACCACCUACCAUGCUUUCAAGUAUUGCAAAUGUGUGAAUGCAUUUGCAAUCCUCCUCUACAUCAGCAUGGUGUUGCAGAUAAGAGAACUGCCCCACCUCCAGCAUCACAGGCUUCUUCUGGUCUUCACACUCUUCCUAACCCUGCCUGGGGACAUGAGCAUCCUGAUUUCACCAGACAUUUCUUGUAAUUCCCCCUCACUAAGGUCAAUAAGUCAUUAAGAAAUCAAGAGAGUUGACAAUUUCACGGUGUAACAGUCCGUUCACAAUAGCUUACACCUGAUUAAUACGGUGUCUGAGAUCUAUUAGAAUGGCAAACUUCAAUCCUCUUCAGUCAUCACGGAGCAAAAGUGGGCCAGCAAGAUGAAGAGGGCAAGUAAAGGUGCUCGCUGCCAGGCCUGCCAGCCUGCCAAGGCUGAGUCUGAUUCUGCAGACUUGCAUGGUAGAAAGAGAGAGCAAACUCCACAAGAGAAUACGUACAACCAUAAGAAGUGUGCAGCUGAGGACUGGACACAAGUUCAUGUCCAUAAAUAAGAGAAAAGAGGAGUAAAUUCUGACAUGCUUAUGAACCAUGAUGGGAUACUUAUUUAAAACAAAGGAAUAAGCCACCAACACGUGCAAUGAAGGAUUUGAUCUUGAAACCCAUUAAGCAGAGAGGAGAAAAAGCCCCAGCAUUUACAAGGCUGAGCAUCAUUUCCUUGUGUAAACUACAAGAAAUCCUAGAGAAUUGCAGAGACAACUGAGCACUGGCUGCUCUUCCUGAGGUCCUGAGUUCAAGUCCCAGCACCCACAUGGUGGCUCACAACUGUCUAUACCUCUAGUCUGCAGCUCAGCGCCCUCUUCUGGUGUGCAGACAUACAUGCAGACAAAGCGCCCAUAUACAUAAAAUCCGUAACUAAAUCAAUCCUUAAAAAAAUAAGAAUCCCUGGGCCUUGGUGCAAGUUCAAAGUGAAGUCAGCCUAAGUCAAGGUUUUCUACUUAACUGUAACUGAUUGCUCACUAACUGCUGUGUGGGUCGCUCUCUUGAGGAUAAAAUGGGCAUCUGCUGACAAGAUGUUCCAAUCCUCAGAGGGACAGCGUGGGUCUCAGUCUGAUGCAGUUCCAUUUGCAGCCACUGCCAAAGAUGGAAAUGCGUAUAAAACUGGGGAGUCUCUAAGAUGAGCCAUUCAACUUUAAUGAUGGCGGAACAUUCAACCAAAUGGUUCAAGUGACUUAUUCCCCCCUUGUGAAGUACCUGGUUGACUUUAGUUUUUAACCACUAUUAAUCACCUGGACAGUGCAGUUUCACACUUGACCACCAGAGGACAGUGUAUGUUUGAUUGAUAAUUUGGGAUCCUCUCACAAACACCCCUCUGCCCAUCCCCUCCCUCCUCCAUCUACUCUCCUUCAUGUAUCUCACCUCUAAAUGACUGUACCAAGAGCAUACAGACGUUUAAAUCACUAGUGUACCAUCUAUAUCCUCAAACUCUCCACGUGGCCUAUGUCUCUCAGUGAUUGCUUUUGCAAUCCUUUUCUUGAUAUUUGGACUUCAUCAUUCCGUUUCCUAAAAGGUGAAGACAUCACAAGUAAGUUUGCUUUAGAAGUAUUUAAGUGCAGAGUGUGCCCUUGUCCUAGAGUAUCCAGGACACAAGAAUUUCCACAGUGACUGCCACCAACACCAGGGACAGAGCUAAGCCACACUGUUCUAUGACCUCCUGACAAAGCAUCCUCACUGACUCAUCAGGCUUCAUGGCCUCAGUUUUCUCAAAGAUGCACUAGUAAUUCUUCAGCUUAAUUAGACGCUUCAGGUCACAGAGACCUGGAACUAUUUGCCCUGUUAUUUUUGAAGGCCUUUUUCCAAUAAGAGGCUGAAAUGUUUUCCCAGUGGGCUCAUUAAGUCAAGCACUUGCUGUAACUACAUGUCCAGUGAAUGUGGAAUCUUACAGACAACUCUCCCUGGCAGACCGGGUUAGGAAGGUAUGUUGGCUGUCCCUUUCUCCUGGGUUUGGAAUUAUACUGGGGAAAGGUGAUGUUCGGGCAUGAGACUAUGUUUAUUUCAGUUCUGAAACACCUAAUGGAAAAUCACAACACAAAUUCUACUGAAGACAGGAAGUUGGAUAUGUCUGAAAUUUCAAAUCAUAAGCCAAGAUGCUGUGCAGAAUUGCCUCAUUUACAGCCUUAGAAUCCUACCCCGCAUUUAGGUCACUUUACUCUUUAGUGCUUCUGAGACUUAAGGUAAUAUUCCAUAUAUACCAUCUUGGCAAAAAUCUGUUUACCUCAACAUAAGAAUGGAACGUAUUUCCCAAGUAUGAGGUGAGGGAACAUAAAAUCAAUCUCACACUACAUUCCAAUAGGUCUGUGUGCAUCUUGGGAGGAAGGUGGGAAACACAGAGUAUGGUGAUAUAUUAUUUGUACUGAAAUGUGGUUUUAUUUGUAUGUUAAUAAAUAAAGUUGCCUGGGGGUCAGAGCUAAUAGCAAGCCAUAGCAGAGCUGGGCAUUCGUGGCACAUGCCUUUAAUCCCAGCACUUGGUAGGCAGAGCUAAGUAAAUCUCUGUGUGGUCAAGGAUACAGCCAGCAUUGGAGACACACGCCUUUAAUCUCAAUACCAACCAUAGAAGAUCUGGAGGUCUGUACAAACAGGCAGUAAUGAGGCAGUCAUGUGGUUGGGUUUACAACCAAUGAGAAGGCAGAACAGAAAGUCUAUAUAAAGACAAACACUCAGGAAGUAAGUCUCUCUCUUGGCUGAAGAGACUAGCUGCAGCAGAUGGGUAAGGCUCUUAGCUCUGAUCUCUUGGCUUUCUUCUUUGCA